GUGCAUGAUUGUCAUAGUGCGUACAGUAGACUUUAGUCCCAUCCCAACUCCCACUCACAAAUAUUCGCAUCUCCACAUUCUCACAUCUCCACACCACAGCACAGAAAAGCAAUGGCACCAAAAGGCAAAUCAGGCAAAGGAUCGUCGAAAGCAGAAUCCGCAGACGAAAAGAAGUUGAAGCCUGCGAAUGUUAUAAAGACACGACACAUUCUAUGCGAAAAACAUUCAAAAGCAAUGGAAGCCCUUGAGAAACUGCAAGCCGGAGCAAAGUUUGAUGCGAUUGCCCGUGAAUACAGCGAAGACAAAGCCCGACAAGGCGGCGAUUUGGGCUGGAAACCGCGGGGCAGUUUGACGCGCGUGUACGAAGAUGCUGCGUAUGCUCUGCAGCCGAGUACUGUUGAUAAGCCGAUAUAUACGAAUCCGCCGAUUAAGAGCUCGUUUGGAUAUCAUAUUAUUAUGGUCGAGGGUCGCCGAUAGAAUGUAUAUAUAAUUAGAGAUAUAUCAUUAUAUUCAUUAUAACUAUGC